AUGUGUGAAUAUUCCUUGUCCGGAGCAUAUCUUUUCUCUCCUUGGCCCAAUCUGACUCAUACUUCACCCAUAGAGUGCUCUUGGGUUUGCCUGAAUGAUGGAGUGGAGGUGUGGUUACAGAGACUGAGAGAUUCCGUGGCCAAGACACUGCGGGAACUGAACAUCAGCAUCAUACAGGACUGUAAUAACGGGGUCAUGAUGGACGAAUGGGCAUCCAAGUACCCAGCACAAGUUUGCAGAAUAGGAAUGCUGUAUUACUGGACCAGAGAAUGUGAUGCAGGGAUAGGGGAACUCAAGUAUGACCGCAAGGCACUGCAACAUAACACCAUGAAAAAGUACCAGGCUUCCACGGCCAAACUGACCACGGUCCUGACUAAAGGAGCGUGGAGGACUCUGGAGGACCCCAUGUUACCCCUCCACAAAGCCAGGCUCGAGUCCAUGAUCGCUCAAUCCCUUUAUCUAAGAGAUGUUCUAGAGAAUAUGUGCAACAGAAAGUCUCUGAGAGAACCAACAGAUUUUGAGUGGAGGAGGUGCAUUAGAUGUUACUUUCACCCUGUUGCUAACGAUGAGACUGUAGAUAACGAGUCGGUAGAUAUUAAAACGGAAGCGAGUUUGAGUGACCUCUCAAUACAGGAUAAGCACGAACCCCUGAUCUGGAUAUUAGACACACCUUAUUUCUACGGCAACGAAUUCUAUGGAACAAACGCAGGAGUGGCCUUGACCCCUGUCACGGAGCGAUGCUUUCUGACCAUGUCCCAGGCCCUGAACAACUACCAGGGAAGCUGUGUGUCAGGGCCCGUGGGGGUCGGCAAGACAGAAACGGUCAAGGGUCUGGCCAAUGUACUGGGACAUUACAUUGGAACAUUUCAGUGCUCCUCAGAGUCAGAUACCAGUGCCAUGGGCAAGAUUGUUCAGGGAACUGCCAUG